CGUUGCCCGCGCUGGCGCCCAAAAUUUCCUGAAAAAGUUCUUAUCGGCCCUUCCCCUCCAUUCCUACGUUCACCAUCCGCCGGCGUGUACGCUGUCAUUAUGUCUAAGAGAUCUGCGGAUGCGACCGACGAGCAGUCGGCGGCGCUCAAGGCCGGCGAGCGCCCAAUGGUCGAUGCCCCCGCGGACGAAGUGGGGGAGUUCGAGGACGAGUUCGAGGAUGAGUUCGAGAGCGAGGACGAGAUCUUGGAGGCCGGUGUCGACGGUCGUCCCGAUGCAGAGCGUGAGGAGGAAGAGCGAGAAGCUAUGGAGGUCGACAAGCAGACUUUUAUUCCUGGCCGGACAAAAUUGGCACCCGGCGAGACAUUGUCCCCCGAUCCCUCAACCUACGACAUGCUGCACACCCUCAGCACGCCCUGGCCGUGCCUGUCUUUCGAUAUCGUGCGCGAUACUCUGGGUGACAACCGCAAGACGUUCCCCGCGACUGUCUAUGCUGUUGCCGGUACCCAGGCAGAGGGCUCCCGAGCCAAGGACAACGAGCUGAUGGUGCUCAAGAUGAGUGGUCUCAGCAAGAUGGAGCGGGAAGGCGAGGACUCCGACGAAGAGUCAGAUUCCGACGACGACAUGGGCGAGCCAAUUCUCGAACACAAGUCUAUCCCCUUGGGCUCGACAACCAACCGCAUUCGCUGCCACCAAACGCCCUCUCAAUCGGCGGACUACUCGAAACCCCCUCAGACACUCACUGCGACUAUGCUUGAGAAUUCCCAGGUUCUCAUCCACGAUGUUACUGCCCACCUUUCCAGCUUCGAUGUACCUGGCACCAUCCUCCCUCCUUCCGCCUCAAAGCCUCUUUCUACUCUCCGCAUGCACAAAUCCGAAGGUUACGCCCUGGAUUGGUCUCCUCUUCAACCCCUCGGCAAACUCCUGACUGGUGACAACGAUGGUCUGAUCUAUGUGACCACUCGCACCGAGGGCGGUGGCUGGGUGACCGACACUCGACCGUUCACUGGCCACCAGUCGUCCGUGGAAGAGCUGCAGUGGUCUCCGAAUGAGAAGAACGUGUUCGCAUCCGCGAGCAGUGACGGUAGUGUGAAGGUUUGGGAUGUGCGAUCCAAGUCCCGCAAGCCUGCCGUGGACGUGCAGAUCUCCAAGACCGAUGUCAAUGUCAUGAGCUGGUCCAACCAGACCUUCCACCUACUGGCCACUGGCGCUGAUGAUGGACAGUGGGCCGUUUGGGACUUGCGCCAUUGGAAGCCCAACGCGGCGGGCCGGAUCACUGCCUCCCCUGUCGCCUCGUUUGACUUCCACAAGGAGCCCGUCACAAGCAUUGAAUGGCACCCAACUGACGACAGCGUGGUCGCUGUGGGAUCGGCUGAUAACACUGUCACUCUAUGGGAUCUCGCUGUCGAGCUGGAUGAUGAGGAGAGCCGACAGGCGGGCAUUGCGGACAUCCCGCCGCAGCUGCUCUUCGUUCACUACAUGGAAUCUGUCAAGGAGGUGCAUUGGCAAGCUCAGAUGCCGGGCACUCUGAUGGCGACCGGCGGCAAUGGCUUCAGUGUCUUCAAAACUAUCAGUGUCUAG